AACCAGGCUGUUCUGCUACUCCGACAAAAUGGCCAUGUGAAAUCUUUUCUUUUUCUCAAUCUGUGUCUGUCUGUCCUUCUUCCCCUCCCAUUUCGGCUCUUUUCCCUUCCUUUUCUCUCUUUCUUCUCAAUCUGUGUCUGUCUCCGUUUCUUGCUCUGGCUUCUCCCUUACCCUUUCCCAUUGGAUUUGAUUUUUCAUUCCCAAUGGGGAAGGAGGAGGAGGAGGAGGAGGAGAAAAGAAAACAUUUCCCUUUUCACCCAUUCGCUUUUGUUUUUCUGCUGAUUAUCUCCCCGGCAAUUGCCAAAGACGGCGACGUUAUGUCGGAUCUGGCCAAAUCCCUAACCAACGUCCCCUCCGACUGGAAGUCUGGAACCGAUUUCUGCAAGUGGAGCGGCAUCGCUUGCCAAGGGGGCCAAGUAACCGCCCUCAACCUUGCGCAGAAAUCCCUAUCCGGUAACCUACCCGACUCCAUCAACAAACUCGGCUCUCUCCAGACUGUGAACCUCCAGAGGAAUCAGAUCUCAGGCCUUCUUCCCUCCUUCUCCAACUUGGGCUCCCUCCAGAAGCUCCACCUCGAUACCAACGCCUUCAGCUCCCUCCCUCCUGACUUCUUCUCUGGCCUCACCAGCCUUCAAGAAGUCACCUUGGAUGACAACCCCUUCUCCCCCUGGUCCAUCCCCGACGACCUCUCCAAAUCCGAUAGCCUCCGCGAAUUCUCUGCCUCCAAUGCCAGCAUCUCCGGGACUAUACCCGAUUUCUUUGGCGUCCUCUCCGGUCUCGAGGAUCUCCGACUUAGUUACAACAACUUGACUGGAGGAAUCCCACUCUCUUUCACCGGAUCCAGCAUCAAGAAUCUCUGGCUCAACAACCAGCAGUCUGGCGAGAAGCUCACUGGGAGGAUCGACGUUAUUGGAGGCAUGAAUCAGCUGUCGCUGUUGUGGUUGCAGUCUAAUAGCUUCUCUGGGCCUAUUCCUGACGUCUCCAACCUUACCUCGCUCUCCUCUUUCAAUGUGAGAGACAACCAGCUCACCGGCGUGGUUCCCCCUUCGCUUACGUCCUCCCACUCGCUGCAGAAUGCUUCCCUCUCCAACAACAAUUUCCAAGGCCCCUUUCCUGCUUUUCCUGGCGGCGUCAAUGCUGAUGUUAGUAAGGGUAACAACUUCUGCACUGACAUGGCCGGGACACCCUGUGACUCGAGGGUGAACGUGCUGCUCUCGGUGGCUGCAGGUUUUGGGUAUCCGGACACGCUGGCAAGAAGUUGGAAAGGGAACAACCCCUGUGCAGGGCCCUGGACUGGCGUCGUCUGUGAUACCCAGGGGAAUGAGAUCUUGGUCCUCAAUUUCGCUAACCAGCAUUUUGUUGGUACCAUCUCCCCCGACAUUGCCAACCUCACCUCGCUCAAUAAGCUUUUACUCAGCAACAACAACCUGACUGGUCCUAUUCCUGAUUCUUUGACGGGGCUAAAGAGUUUACAGCUUCUUGAUGCUUCCAACAACGAUCUCUGGGGAAAGGUACCUGGGUUUGAUAAAUCUGUGACGCUGAAGCUAUCGGGCAAUCCUCGAAUUGGAACCGAACCUAGUCCUGGAACCGCAGGACCUCCUGGUUCGCUGCAGUCUGUUGGGAGUGGGUCUAAAUCGUCUCCUUCUGGAGAUGGGUCUGCUGGUAAAUCCAGAUCUUCAUCUGGCCUCAUUGUGGGAAUAGUUAUUGUUGUUGUGGUUAUUGUCGGAUGUUUGGGCGGUCUUAUUUACUAUCUUCAAUGUAGGAAGAAAAACACUCCAUUCAAACCGAUCAUAAGGGCUGGACCGCCAAAGGAGCUUCCUGAUACCCAGCUUAAGAUCGGAAUCAUAAAUGGGUAUGGGAAUAACACUGGAGCUCGGAAUGAGCUUUUCAGCCAAGGCAGUGGUGAGGAUGUACUAAGUACGAUUCCUAUUGAGGAUAUACGCAAGGCUACAGACAAUUUCAAUGAGGCCAACAUUAUAGGCCAGGGAGGAUUCGGUGUGGUCUACAAAGGUGAACUUAAUGGGACUGAGAUUGCAGUUAAGAGGAGUGAGUCUGAAUCGAUGGGUAAAAAAACUGGGGUUGCAGAGUUUGAAGCUGAGGUUCAUGUUCUUCAGAAGACCCGCCAUAGGCAUCUGGUGAGCUUUCUUGGGUACUGCAGAGAUAACAAUGAAAAACUUUUGGUAUAUGAAUAUAUGCCAGAAGGAACACUGGGGCAGCACUUGUUUGACCGAGAUUGUGGCAAGUACUGUGCUCUUAAUUGGAGGCAGCGGCUCGUAAUAGCAUUGGAUGUGGCUAGAGGGAUAGAGUAUUUGCAUAGCUUGGCACAGGAGAGUUUCAUCCACAGGGAUCUGAAACCUUCCAACAUACUCCUGGGCAAGGAUUUGAGAGCCAAAGUAUCUGAUUUUGGGUUGGUCAAGCUUGCUGACACUGAAAAGUCUGUUAUGACUCGGUUAGCUGGGACAUUCGGUUAUCUUGCUCCAGAGUAUGCUCUUACUGGGAAGGUGUCAACAAAGGUUGAUGUUUAUGCAUUUGGUGUGAUCUUGAUGGAGAUAAUAACUGGGAGGAAGGUUCUUGAUGAGUCACUUGCAGAGGAAGAUAGUCAUCUAGUCGUGGCCUUCCGAAGGCGUAUAAUUAACAAGGAAAAGUUUUUAACAAUCGUGGAUUCUUCCCUUGUUCUCGAUGAGAAAGCAUAUGAAAGCAUUCUUCAAGUAUCAGAGCUUGCAUGUCACUGCACCGCCCGUGAGGCAAAUCAGAGGCCUACUAUGGGGUAUGCAGUCCAAGUACUGAGCCCCUUAGUGGACCAGUGGGUACCCUCCAGCUUCCAAUAUGAAGAAGAUUCAAGUAUGAGCCUCGCCUCGGAGCUGGAGAAAUGGCAGUCUGAUUCUGAUUCAAGCUUGUUUGCUACCUAUAAGGGAAGUUCAAGCACUAGUCACUACUAGAAGCUUCAUCACGGCCUCAACAGUUCUUUUAUAGUGAAAAGCUAUUCAUUAUCCAAUGAAUGCUUUUAACAUGAACCUUCAGCACACAGUUGGGAGGCAGCAAAGACGCAGCAGGAUGAGCAUCCUACUGCCGUUUCCAACAGGCUUCCCAGGGACAGAAUACGCUACACCAUCCUGUAUUAAAUGACCACGUAAACCUAUUGUUUGUUCUUAUCAUUUGACAUAGAUACCUGUUAUGAUUUCAGUGAUUAUUUUUGUUUUGUUUUGACCACAAGGGAGUUGCAUUGUUUCUGCCUUUGAUUCGUGAUAGAGCCUGACUGAGCUAUUCCUUUGUGAGGUUAUCUCUGGGAAGGAUGUAGUGUCUAGUUGAUUCAUUUUCUUGCUGCUCAAGUGCUCAUUUAUUGUACUGAAACUGUUCGGUGAUCUGCAAGACUGCAAUUACAGUGGUACAUGAUUGUGUUUCUUGCCA